AUGUCAUAUAUUCUAGGUUUGACAAAACCAACUAAAAGUGAACUUCAAGAAGCUCAUGAUGCACCAAUGCGUUCAUUAUAUCAAAGUUCAAUUCAACUAUUUCCUAAAAGGGUUGAUCAACUUUUAUUUGCUUUUAACAAGAUCUAUAUAACAUCUCGGAGGUCAUCAUUAACACCAGAUCCAUUUAAACGACGAUUAUCAUAA